UUCUUAGUAGUAAUGUUUUAUUUAAUUUUUGUAACAUUGUAACAGCAAUACAAGUAUUAUAUGGCAAAACAAUAUGUUUAUUUUAGGCACAUCAAUUGUUUUUGGUUUAAAAUUAGCAUGAAAACAGUUUUACUAAUGGCAUAAAUUACUAUAAAAGUAUAGCAGAUUAUCAGCAGCAAAUUUUACUUUGACAAAUAAACGAAAUAACUUUUAAAAAUAAAACUCCAACAAAAUAAUCAAGUCCAUUUUGCUUGCAUCGCGUCUAUAAUUGCAAAAUUGCCAGUUAAAAAUACAUGCAUGUUUAACAGUUUAUCUGCUAUAAAUAACACCAAAAAAUAUGCACAAGUUGAGAACAAAAUAAAUGGAAAUAUAUGGCAAAAUUUAACGAAGAUCUAUGGUUAGGUCAACUAACAGUUUUGGUAUCUGUGAGCUUAUCUACUAAUUGCAUAAUGUUGAAUUUCCCUAACACGCUACAUUUCCGUGUCUUUUGAAUUUUAAAUGUUAAGUUGAAUCACAGGUUAAACAGCAAACAAAAUAUCGAAUCCUAAAACAUAACGCUAUAAUAAUAAUACAUAUAUUAUUGGUGACGCACAAAAUUUAACCAAAAUGUGUUCAAUGAGAUCUGCUGCAAUGCUGAAAAGAAGAAGCAAAAAUAAUAAGCUACAUUUUUUUCUAGUAGAUUUAAAAAGCCGCUGUAAGUAGCGUAAUCAUCCAAUGUCACAAUCUUAAAUGUUAAAUGUUAAAUUGCUGUGGAUGCAGCUAUUACUUUUCAUUAGCGGAGCGAUCGCCAGAUAUUCUGACCACCUCAAAUAUUUGUGUGACUCUAUUUGUUAGUUUUGGUUGUUGUACGGAACAUCAAAACUAAGAUGUUUAUUAAUUCAAAUAUUCAGCCCUAUUUUCUAUUUUUGGACUAAUGAUCCUAAUGACAUAUCUAACAUCGAUGCAAGAUGUUGAUAAUAAAGAAGAAAAUACAAGAAUAUUGCUUUGUUAGUACUAUGCUUAUUAAAUUGAAUUUUAUUCAAUGAUUUGGAACUGACCAAAACUAUCACGGGAAAAACCGUUUGAAGAGAUUUCAAAUAAUUAAAAUCACCUCUUCAAAAUGAGUGACUUAUCUUCAGAUGAGGAAGUUUGUUUUGGGCCGUACACAAUAACAGAAGCCAAACGAGAUGCGAGGUCCUGCAAAGGCCGAAAAAUUGACAGGCGACAUUCAUUUCCGUUUGAUCUAACCAUUGGGGAGAAGAACUACUGUGAUCAAUGUUCAGAAAAAGAUCAGCUUACUACCGAUUUCAGAAAACCACAAUCUGACUUUUCUUCCUUUUUUACGCCUUUGGAAAGAAGCGGAUCUGGAAUUGACUUAGAAAGCAUUAAACAAACUCUUGUGGAAAACAGUAUGAUUUGUGACAAUGAAGACUCCCUUAGUUUGAUACGCUUGGAGGAUAAUAAUGGUGAAGUUGACCAAUACCCAGUUUCAUUUCGUUCAGAAAAUAGUGAUAAUGAAAUUAUGAACAUUAAAGCAGAUGCUCUGAGCAGAAUAAGAGAGGAAACAGAAGAUUUUACAAAUAUUAAUUGUUCAGUAACUACAUCUGAGGGAAGCGCACUUGAUUAUGAUCUUAAUGAUACUCUCGAUGAGAUUAAUAGAUUUCUUGAAGAAAAUAAGAUGCAUACCGAAGAAGGAGAACCAGUAUCAACAAGUCGAUUAUUUCACAGUGCAGAUAAAAUGAGUAUUUCCUCUAUUCCAAAAAAAGUUAUCAAGUCUACUGGAAGACCUAUUACUCACUUUGAAUCUAGAUUACCAAAAAGCUCAAGCAAUUUGUUUCUAAAAUCAACACCAAAACAACCUAUAUUUAAGAUACCUGUUACUUCAAAUUCGAAACUUUUGACCCCCAGCAAAUCUAGUCAUAAGCAGUAUGCCAAUAUUUUGAGCCCCGUUGGAAUUUAUAUCAGAAACACUCCCGCACAUAAUGAUAAUGUCAAGGUCAAACCUUCACAGCUAACAAACAUUACCAGUUUGCCACCUUCCUCUUCAAAAAUACAUAAAGAAAAUGUGCCUAAUAAAAUGCAAAUCAUCCCUCCUGCUCUUUUCAAACCCGCCAAAGAGCAGAUUGAAGGCAGUACCAAAGGUGUGAAGUUGCCUUCUAUUGUGAAAAAACUUAUUCCUGUUGACCCAACUCUAAUUACCCAUCAGAAAAAAUACAAUGUCAGCGAUACAGAACUCAAGUCCAAAUUGGAAUUGGAUGUGGAUCAAACUCUUCUAAAUAGAUCUGUAAAUAAUGAGUCUGUAUACUUUAAGGUCCAGAAAUAUUUAUAAGAAAUGGUCGUCGUAUAUUAAUUUAAUUAUAUUAAUAUGUACAUCCAGUUCAAUUAUUUAUUGUUUACAUUUUUAUUUUUAUUUAUUCAUUUCAGCAUAUUGUAUAGGAUAAAUAAUCAACUAUUCUGUUCUAUUCUGUUUACUUUAUAUAAUAUAGUUUAGUGAAUUUACAUAAUUUUGUAAUACCUGGUCACG